AAGGAAUGUCGUGAUUGGUGGGCGACAGAAGCCUGUUCUGAAAGCUGUUCCGCUAUUGGUUGAGGUCCCCAGCGGCAUGGGUCCGAGUGCAGGCUUUGUAUACAGUCACUGGAGCUCGGCCCUUUAACAAUGGAUAGGGAGAACCUGGCCGAUUGAUGGACGGGGCCAGCCAACAGAACGGGGGGAUCGGUUACAGGGCGGACGAGAUGUGUUUGGGCUGUGAGCGGCGAUCCGGAGCUGAUCAGUGAGCGAGGCUGCACUUCUCUGCGUUUUGGCCCUCUGGACAUCUCAGGAGAUGGAGCUGGAAAGCUUGUGGUGGAAGGGCCAACUUGCUGCGGAUAUCCACCAGACUCUCCGGUAUAAAGAAUUGAAGCUUCCGUCCUACAAAGGCCAGUCUCCCCAGCUGAACCUAAGACGCUACUUUGCAGACUUGAUAGCUAUUGUCAGCAAUCGGUUCAAACUGUGCCCGACUGCUCGCCACCUCGCAGUCUACCUGCUGGACCUCUUCAUGGACAGAUAUGACAUUUCUAUCCAACAGCUCCAUAUUGUGGCCUUGUCCUGUUUACUGUUAGCAAGUAAAUUUGAAGACAAAGAAGAUCGAGUGCCAAAGUUGGACCAGCUGAACAGUCUGGGCUGUAUGACAAACAUGAACUUGGUGCUGACCAAACAGAACCUUCUCCAUAUGGAGCUCCUGCUGCUGGAAACCUUUGAGUGGAACCUGUGCCUCCCAACUCCUGCCCACUUUAUAGAGUACUACUUGUCAAUUGCAGUCCAUGACACUGAUCUCCACGAUGGCUGGCCUAUGAUCUGCCUGGAGAAGACAAAGAUCUACAUGGCAAAAUACGCCGAUUAUUUCCUAGAAGUGUCUCUGCAAGAUCACAUAUUUUUAAAUUACCUCCCAUCACUUGUGGCAGCAGCAUGCGUAGCAGCUUCUCGCAUCAUCCUGCGGCUUACGCCUUCCUGGCCAACAAGGCUCCACCGUCUAAAAGUAGCAGCAGUUCUUUCUCCUUCAUGCCUGAAGCCCAUGAUGCUUGCACAUGACAAUGAUGUGAAGGAGGCCAACAAGCACAAAUCGCAACUGAGCCACUCUGCAACACCAUGCUUAUUUCCUCCGCCGUCGCCUGUCACACCACAUGCUCAUGUACAGCAACACCUACCCCAGUUCCUGCAGUCCCAGCACCAACUACAGUUCCACCACCCGACCCCUCAGCAACCGAGCUGCCAACAAAUUGUCUCUGCUGCCCACACCUCUGCAUUCCCUCUCCAGACAUGUACGUCCAGCCUGGCCAUGGGUGUCCAACCACGGGCACACAUACAGACUGCUGCAAGUGUCUCUUUAGCUGCUGUGCCCAUAGAAGUGAAGCCUUGCAUGGGGGUGUCCUAUAACAGAAGCUUUCCAGUGAACGGACACUACUCUUGUAUAACGCAGUGCUUUGAGAGGUGAUGACAGCCAUUUCUAUCCUCUCUGUCCUGCUCUUGAAAAACAUGCUGUGAAUUGACAGUCCUUUAAUUUUUAUUUUUUGUUUGUUUUGGGGGAUUUUAUUGUCCCCUCGUAGAGACAAGCUCAGGAGAGCGCUCUUUGAAUGCCUAUAGAGGCCCAACCACUCAAUGGUGCUAAAGAACUGUCUGACCAAGUGCUUUUCCCACCAUGGUCUUGAGGGAACUUUGUUUUUCUGAAGACAUUGUCAUUGUCACAAUGCGAUGAAGGAGAUUAUACAGUAUUACUCUUUAGCAAUGUCACACGUCCAUGACUGCCUGGCCAGUCACCUAA